AUGGCAACAAGAGUAGAAAUCAACUCUCCCUUGGCCUCCUUGCCCACAGUACCUGACCUGGCUGACAUCCGACCGGAGGACACGGCGCAGCGUCUCUAUGUCAGUGUGCUCUCAGACACCAGCAGCAAGGCUAAGGAGGCCUCAGCAGCACUGACCCUCGAGGAGAGCAAGAAGUUUGGGGGCUCCUUGAGAUCUGCAACGAUGCCAUCGCUGGGAUCGAGGCCGAGACUCUUCCCAAAGCCUUUUUCCAAGGAGAAAUCCCCUGACACUUUUGCAAAUGUCAAACCUCCUGUCCCUGCGUUCAGGUCCAGCAGCCUGAGCAGGAAGGGCACUGAGGAGACCUCAGCUGGCAAGGUGUUGAGUGGGAAUGUUCCUCCCUUAGUGGAUCAGAAGGUGAUUGGCAAUGAAAAUCUGCCUGAUGGUGAUGUGGUCACAAAUAUGACUUUCUACACUGGGCCCAGUGCUAACACUGUGAUUCUGUUCGAGCCAGCAGGCCCCGAGCAGGGCAGGGGCAGCCUGGCCCAGGAGAGGAAGGCUGAGGAGCACAGGGGCUUCAGUGCCCUGCAAACAAAGGACCUGCAGUGCACUGUGAAGCUGGAGAAACCCCUUGAGACAUCUAGGAAUCCUGAAGGGUCUAUUCACAGGCAGAUGUCAUUUUCCUCCAGCCUCAGACCAGUCUCUUGGAACUCCCUCAAAACUGGUGAAAAGAAAGAUGUUCAUCCAGGGGAGAAAAGCAGUGAUGGUGCAAAUAAUCUCAGCACUAAAGUUGAUUUCUCUCCUGAUGUCCAAAGGGCAAAGCACAGACCAGUGUCUGCUAUUUUCCUGGAGUCAUUACGGGAUCAAAAACAGGGAACUGUGGAAGCUGUUGAGGAACAACCUCCUAUGGAGAAAUCCAGGGUUAGAAAACCAAGGCCUUUGUCCAUGGACCUGACAGCUAAGUUUGAACCUAAAGAUCUUUCUUCUUGCAAAAAGACUUGCUCAUCCCAGGAAAGCAAGGAGAAUGUGUCCAUAAUGACUUUCACUGAUGUGAGUUGUCAUGAUCAGCCUGAACCGGGGCCAAAACCUGAGGAAAGUGAGUUUAAUAAAGGCAGUUCUUGUAAAGCAAACCUGAAGUGCAGCAGUCAGGACAUUGGCAUCCUGAAUAAUGGGAAAUACACGUGGGAAGCAAAGCUGAAACCUAAAAGUGAACCCAUGGAGACCAAACCAGAAACAAUUACUAACUUGCACAAUGCUGAGAGGAGCCCUGAAACCUCCAGUGAGAGCAGAGCUAACAAGGGGGGAAAGAGGCUGGAUCAGAGGGAAACAUACAUGUUUCUAGGCUGUGAAAGCUCUGCAACUUCCUCGGAAAAGGAGAACAAUAUGCUAAGAGGAAGUGUUAAAAAACACAUUAGUUUGUUUACUUCAGAGAAUCCCAGUCCCACAGUGGAUACAGAACUGCUCCCAGGCAGUGCUGAGAAGGAGAAUAGAUGUGUGACCAUCCAGCAAAGGAUCAAGGAGCUGACAACAGAAACCCCUGACACGAAGCCUGGAAACCUGCGCAGGUCACUGCAGACCCGACCACUUUCUGCAGACUUAACUAAGAUGUUUUCAAGUCCAACCUCAAGCAGUGAAGCAAAGCCUGAGAAACCUGCUGAAACCAGGACUGACUCUGCCCAUGAAGUGCAGGAGAAUCCCAAAAGCAAGGAGCUGAAACUUGCACAUGGCCCAGAUUUCACAGAAGCACAUGCUGCUGGGAAACCUUGGAAAUCUCGACAGGUCUUAAAAAUCACCAAUAAACCUGACGAGCCGGAGCGGAAAGGAAACUGCCUCGGGGACGGUCAGCACUACCCUCAGCAGGGCGAAAGUUCUGUCUCCUUCACAAGCAGCUUGGAGAAAAAGCUGAACCCCAGCCUGCUGGAGAAGCCUUCCAUCAAAACUGUGCGUGCCACUGUGUUUGAGCACACGGUGCAGAGGCACAGUGUGGCCGUGGAGCGCUGCGGGGCUGAGCCUGCCCCCGGCACCUCGGGGCUGGGCAGGCGCACCUGGGUGGGAGAAGGAGAGGAGAAGGAGCAUCACAAGCAACCUGAUUCCUCCAAGCCUACAGCAGAUGUGGAGAGGAGUGGCAAAGCAGUUUGUUUGAGUGAGGACAAGAAAAUGAGCCCUGGAGUUGUCUUAGAGAAAUCUUUGUUUGAGAAGAGUGAGAAAGUCACUCCUAAAAACACAGAGGACACUCUGAUUUACCAAAGAAUAGAGCCUAGGUAUGAAAUCUUUCAGACCUGUGGGGAAAGGGCUCUUAGUGAAGCCAUCACUAUGGUUCCUGAGAAAAAGGCCAUGACUCUCAGAGCUAGGAAAUCAUCUGUGAAAGAGACUAAAACCGAUGAGGAGGUUCUACACACUGGGCAGUCACUUAGAGCGGGGGGUCACCCUCUCUACUUGAAAGAAGAUAAUGUUCCUUCAGAAGCAAAAGUUUUUACAAGCAAGUCUGUGUUGAGAGAACCUAAUGAUUUUCUCUCUGGUGAAAGCACUUCAUCUGAACAGAAAAAAGACUCUGAUAAAGCUGGUCCUGAGCCUCUGCUAAUAGCUGAGAAAUUACCUUAUUCCACAAGCAAAGGUAAAUGUUUGGGACUGAAUGAAAAAGUAAACAAGCUCCAUGCUGAAAUUAGAAGUGAUAAGGGUGAAGUCUCUUCCACGGAGAGGUCCAAUGUGGUGAAAUGCUCUUCUGAGAAGAGGAGCUUUAGGGCAGGUGGGACAGACAUCUAUGAAUUCAGAACCAGCCUGGAGCGUGAAGUGAUGUCCACGAGUGUAAGCAAACACGGGGCCCAGACUUCCUCAGGGUUUACAAGUGGACCAUUUUUUAAACCUUGCAGUAGCCACCAUCCUGAUCCAAAAGGGCUAAACGUUGCUAAAGAGGAAUCUGGAACCUUGGGGUUAAGAAAAAAUCUGGACUUCAGUUGCAAAGAGCAAAACUUCAGCUUGGCUGGUACUGCCGAAAGCAGCGAGAAACUCAGAGUAACAGAUCCAGAGGAGAAGGUUAGGAGAAGCAGAAGUAGUGUUUCUGACUUGAAGAUAUCUGAAAGGUGGAGAAGGAGGACCUUGCCUCAGGAUUCUGUCAAGGUAGAAGAAGUGAUCUGGCUCAGCCCUGAAAACAUCAAGAGGCUGAGCCGGACAGACUCGCUGCAGCUGGAUGAAAGUUCACUCAAAAAGAGAAGCAUGAAAAUCAGAGAAAGGCUGGAAGGGGGUGAGGCCAACCAAGCUGUUCUUGGCAGUGCUGAUGAUUGCUUGAAACAUCAGAGUUCUGUCUUGGAGCCAAAGGCAACUUAUUUUGCAGUGACUUAUCAGAUUCCUGGUGUCAAGAAAGAGAAGAGCUUUGUUGCUGUCCCCAGUGCAAGUGAAAUCAAUAUGGUUUCUAGCUCGAGUGAGGGAGCAGCAGUUAACCUGGACUCUGUUUUUCCUGGAAGGUCCAAACCUGUACUGCAGCAACCAAAUAAGAAUGUGACAAGUACAAGUUGUAGAGAAGAUUCCCGGGAAGUGCAUGUCAGCAAGGACUGGGGCAGGGAAGGUGACAAAGAUGCUGUUUUUUCCAAAAGCAUCACGUUUGGUAAUUUCCAUGUGUCUAGGAAAGAGAACCAACAGCAGCAUGAAAAAGGUCUGGAUCAUUCUAAAGAGAAAAUUAUAGAUGUUGAUGCUUUCCUGUUAAAACAGGACCUGGAAAACACAGCUCAGAGUGAUGUGAAAAACAGCAGGAGGAAAGUCUCCUACCACGAGCCCCGAUCGCCCCCACGUUCCACACAGGGAUGUAAGGACAGUGAGCCAGGGCCCCAGAAAAGGAGUGAAGGUCACUGUGAAGUGUCUGCCAGGAAGGCUGAGGAUCGUUACAGGUCCCAAAUUCUUGAUAUCGAUGCACUUAUGGCAGAGUAUAAAGAAGAAUCAACCAAGGCCAGUAAAGUUCAGGACAAGCUCUCUGAAGACCUGGGUUUAUUUGGUAGGGAGAAGGCAAAGAACAAGAGGAAUGUGUCGGAUAGGAUGACUCUGUCCUACAGCUGGAAUGAGUGGAAGAGUCGAUCGGAUCACUCCUCGGGUGCUAGCAAAGCAGGUGAGUGUACAGAGGAGCAGCACAGGCCAGAGAAACUCACCCUAAAUGAAAAGGGCAAAGAGAAACUGGAGUUACGUAGCCCUGAACCUGAUAAACAGAAGCCCAAAGACAGAAAGUUCAGCCCUCCUUACUGGGGAAACCCCAGCAGCUUCUUCUCAGAGAAGUUUGUCAAUUCACCUGUGGAGUUCUCUAGGAAGAAAACUUUCAUAGUUGAUGAGGAUCAGGAAGUGAACUUAACCUCCAGGAGUCAGAGUGCACAGUUUGUCAUUGACAAGGUGCAGCCCAUAAAUGCAGUGGGGACAGACCAGAGGCUGGAAGUCAACUUUGCUUCCAAGCUGUCCCUAAAGGCAGAUGAUGGCCCCAUACAGAAGAGGGUGGUGGCAAAAGAACAGUUCUUGGAGGUGUCUCCAGAGAGCGAUUGGAGCAAAACCACAGUGAGGAGCUCCACAAUGAGGAGCAAGGACAGCUCAAACAAGGUGACAUGUGAGAAUGACUCUGCCAACCUGAGGAGCAGAACUGACUGGAAGAGCUACACAUGUGGAUUCAGCACUGCUCCUCCAGAUCUGAGACGUUCCUACUCGGAGAAGUGUCGCCAGGGGAGGGACAAUCUGCCCCUUGUGCAGGAGGUGAGGGCAAGGAAGGACCUACAUCGCUCCAGGCAGAGCUUCCCCUUGGAGAGUGUGGAUAACGGCUGGAGACACAAGGUGUCAGCUCAGGCAGAGCUGUUCAUCCAGGAGGAUAAAAAGGCUUCUAGGAAGGAAUGGAGCAAGCAGAGCUCAGACAAACCAGAAGGAACAGACUUUUCUGUGGUCUCUGCUCAGAGGAGUCGCCACAGUUUCUACAAGGAGAGAAGAGCAGAUUUUGGGACAGAAAACAUUAUGGACCAGCUGAGGCAAUGCUUCUCCAGGCAGCCCCAGGGAGCCAAGGACACCGACACGCUGGUGCAGGAGCCUGACAGUCAGUAUGGCACCUGGAACGAGCAGCGGCGCAGCGGGGACAGUUUUGUGCCCGAGUCUCCUUCCCUGGAGAACGCCGUGGCCCCAGGGAGAAAACCUGCUGGCAGCAGCCUCCCAUCCUCACUGUCCUCACAGGCAGAGCCUGCCUCCCUGCCCGACCACCAUGACUUCUCCAAAGACCAAAGGAGCACGAGUUUGGAUCGCUCCAGCACCGACAUGGACUCUACUGAUGGCACUGACUUACCUCCUGCAGGGGACACCUUCCCUGAGGACAAGGCCAUUGAUUUCUCCUUCCUGGAUAAAACACCUGUGUUGGACUCCAGUGCACUGAAGACUCGAGUGCAGCUCAGCAAGAAGCGACGCCGCAGGGCCCCUGUGUCCCACUCACUCAGGAGGAGCAGAGGACUGGAGCUGGAGAAGGAAUUCUCCUUGACAGAAGAGCCAGACUCCUGGAUGUUCAAAGAUUCCACAGAAGAGAAGAAAACUAUGCAACAGGAAGAUUCCGAGGAGGAAGAGAAGAUCCAGCAUACUCCAAGGUCAUCUUCUGUCCAAGCUCAGAGACUCCCGGUGUUUCCAGGAAUGGAUCACUCUGUCCUCAAGGCCCAACUGCGGAAAAGACAAGAGUCUGAGAGUGCUGGAGAUGUGAGUUCUGCUCAGCUCUUCAGGUCCCCCAAAGCCCAGCUCAGCACUCCUGGGAGCAGAGUUCUGCCCUCCAGCGUGGAGAGGGAGGACAGGUCAGAGGAAAAGUCUCCUCAGUGGCUGAAGGAGCUGAAAUCAAAGAAGAGACAGAGCCAUUAUGAGAAUCAGGUUUGAAAAGACAGUGAUCCUAACUAGAAGAAGAUAAACAAGUUUAACAGAAGCCUUAACUCAUCUGAACCUAAACCCCCAUGUCAUGUUGCUGCUGUUUGCUUCCUGCCUCAACUGCUAUGUGCAUGGUGCCUUCCUGUUUCGUGGAGAAAGCUGCUUCAGUUCAUACUCAAAUACAAAGCUGAGCUGCCAGGCUGGGGGGCACAGUGCCACCCCAGCCCUGCCUGCCAGAAGAACCCAAGGUUUCUAGUUGGCACUUCAGGAAAUCCUGGGAAUGGAGAUUUGGGAGUGCUGUGCUGCAGGGAACUCCCCUCACCGUUGAACAGAGACUGUGUAAGGUGUUGAGCACCCCCAAAAAUGUGACCUUGGGCAGCUGUGUCUGGUUGGGCUUUGUGUUUGUUUAUGAAAAUAACAAUUUGAAUCGAAUUUA